GCACACCCCGCCUCCUCGCCGGGAGUUAAGCAAUUCCUCUUCUGGCAGUCAAUCACAGGGAGUCCUGAGGACUGGUGAAUGGUUCUCAGUGUCACUGCUGCCUCAGGGAGUGGGUUUGAGGCGAGAUCCUGGUGGUGUUUCGUUGAGAGGGUUGGCGGUGUUGAACUGACGGGAUAAAUGUCAUUGUGAUGGCGGGAUGAAAACUCAGGCUCCUCGUCCUGUAUGAGUGUGUCAAUGAAUUGUGAUUCCACCGGAGCAGCCAUGAAUGCCCCUUCUGUUCACCCCCAAAUGAUGGGGUCUGGGGUCAGUCCCGCCAUCAGCUCCCCCGGACAACUACAUUCACCUAUAAGCACUUUGAACUCUCCAGUGAAUGGACUGAGCUCUCCCUUCUCAGUUAUCAGCUCACCACUGGCACCACACACAAUAUCCAUCCCUUCAUCUCACAACAUGGGCUUCGGAGGACAGAGUCCGCAGAUAAACUCGUCCAUGAAUUCAGUCAGCAGUACAGAGGAUGUGAAACCACCUUUGGGAAUUAACGGUGUGCUUAAAAUAUCGCCUCAUUCCUCAAACUGUCCACUUUCCCUCACCAAACACAUCUGUGCCAUUUGUGGGGACAGGUCUUCAGGCAAACAUUACGGCGUUUACAGCUGUGAAGGUUGUAAAGGGUUCUUCAAACGCACAGUGCGCAAAGACCUUACCUACACUUGCCGUGACAACAAGGACUGUAUAAUUGACAAGCGCCAACGUAACCGGUGCCAGUACUGCCGCUACCAGAAGUGUCUUGCCAUGGGGAUGAAGCGGGAAGGUAUGGGCGCAGACUUCAGAGCGGUACAAGAAGAGAGGCAGCGAGGUAAGGAUAGGAAUGAGAACGAGGUGGAGUCGACGAGCAGUGCAAACGAAGACAUGCCUGUGGAGAAGAUAGUGGAGGCUGAGCUGGCUGUCGAGCCCAAGACCGAGACUUACAUUGACUCUAACCUUGGCAUGGCCAGCAGCUCGCCAAACGACCCAGUCACCAACAUCUGCCAAGCAGCUGACAAGCAACUCUUCACGCUGGUCGAGUGGGCCAAACGGAUUCCACACUUCUCCGAGCUCCCAUUGGACGACCAGGUUAUCCUCUUGCGGGCAGGCUGGAAUGAACUGCUGAUUGCUUCAUUUUCUCAUCGUUCCAUCACUGUGAAAGAUGGCAUUCUGCUGGCAACUGGUCUCCAUGUCCACCGGAACAGUGCACACAGCGCUGGAGUGGGGGCCAUCUUCGACAGAGUUCUGACAGAACUUGUUUCUAAAAUGCGUGAUAUGCAAAUGGACAAGACGGAGCUGGGCUGUUUGCGAGCUAUCGUACUUUUCAAUCCAGAUGCCAAAGGCCUGUCCAAUCCCGGCGAGGUGGAGGCUCUCCGUGAGAAGGUCUAUGCUUCACUGGAAGGAUACUGCAAACAGAAAUACCCAGAGCAGCCUGGCAGGUUUGCUAAGCUCCUCUUACGAUUGCCAGCCCUGCGUUCAAUUGGACUGAAAUGUCUUGAACACCUGUUCUUCUUCAAGCUGAUCGGAGACACACCCAUUGACACUUUCCUCAUGGAGAUGCUGGAAGCUCCUCAUCAAAUAACUUAAAGCAGCAGUGAAGAAGAUUGCUGCCCAGGGACAGACUUCCAUCGUUUUGUAGGAGCUCACCUCAAGAUCCUCAGCCUCCCCCUCUGCAUUUACAGCCUCUUCCCAAACUUUUAACACCUCAAUAAUCAGAUGACAAAGGAAUCAUUUUCUCUACUGUUUAUAUAUACUCUGCAAGGGUCUCUGGGUCCGCGAUGUAUCACAGCUUGAGAUAAGCUGAGAUGUCUUUGCAUACGUGUGUGAAUCUGUGUGCAUGCACACUCGCACCUCCUUGAGAGUGCUCAAGGUUACUUCACUUUUUCUUGAAUCUCUUCUCGGUUUGUGUGUCAUGGCUUAGUGGUGACGGGUUGAUCCUGUCGAUGUGCAUUGUCAAUGCCGGAGGUUUGGACUUUGCAAAAAACUCUGGAUGACCUCCAGUCCUGGUCUGAAUCUCCCUCUGCGAAGCAAGAAGGGAUUUGACCUCCUGUCACACUGUCCCUUUUGCUGACUUCAUUGUAUCAUUAGGCUGACUGGAUUCACUCAAACUGGGCACUGAUUGGUUCUCUGCUGUUUCACUGAGGUGGCUGGAGAGAGACCUGCUUAAUAAUCACAGCAUGUUUAUGCGUUUUAAACUCAUGGCAGUGACUCUCACUCUCGCACCUGGUCUGCCAACUUAAUGUCUAAUGCAAUAUAUCCAGUAUUUGUUCAUCUUUUAUAUUUUUCAGAGCAAUAAGAGGUUUUAUUUUAUUGAAAUCCUAGCAGGAGGGGCAGCUGAAUGCAGUUCUUUACACAACUCAGCUUCAAACUAGUUAAACCAUCACUGCCAUUAUCUGACAGAUGACCAGUGCCUGGUUUCACUCCCGCUCUCCCAACGGGAACGCUGGUCUUGAGCUGUUUCUAUGUGUUGCUGCCACCUCCCACUCUGUCAAGUACUGGGUGGGAACGAGGCUCGACUUCUGAGGAUUCUUUGCUGCUAAUGAAAGCUUUAAUUAACAACCAAUGAUUAGUGAAGUCAUGUCAAAAUGCUGAGGUGAGGCGAAAAAUAGCUUUGUUUCGAAAAAUUCGAGAAGAAAUGUUUAGCUGCAUCUGGACUGAUAGCUGCAAAUCUCCCCGAACACACUAACUCAUUUACCCCUCCCAUCCUGUACACUAACUCUCUCAACUCAUUCCUCCUCCCCAGCACCCAAGCUGUAGUUUGCAUGGUCCACAGAUUGGAAGGUCAGGUGUGUAGUGAAGGAGCACUUUGACUGUUGGGAACCUCAGGCUGUGUUGCUGUCACACCAGCCCUGGCACAUGAAGGAGUGUGUGCAAAGAUGGCACCAAUUGCACGUGGUGUUUAAGCAGCACCUCGUGGUAUGUGUGGGGAUUCCCGGCCUAGGGUAAUGCCAUGGUUAACUGGGCCCUACAAGAAAUGUGAGGUACACGCUCAGCUUUGUUACACAGAUUACCAGCAAACUGCUUCCCGUGCAGCCAGAUGUGGGACCUGCCUCAGCCCCUUCCCUUCCUUUCCUUUCCCCCCUCUUCCCUUUUUCCCUCCCCAGUCUCCCUCUCUUCUAUCAGCUGGGCACUUGUAAUUCAAUCCCAUCAACGAACAUCCUCAUUUUGUGCACGCCAGCUCUCAGCAUCAAAGGCAGAUGUGGUACCCACGUGAGCUAUUAAAAACAAUUAAUCCUCUUUUUCAGCACAAUCGCUUUUCCCUUAAUGGAGAGUUGCAGCCAUUUAAAAGCUGCAACUGUCUCCCUCGAUUUUCCAAUCCCCAGUAAGUGUUUAACAGGCCAAGCUUUUCCUGCACCUGAGAAUUUCCAAAUUGUGGAGAGGAGGGAAGGGGAUCCCAUUAGAGAUUCAUCCCCUUUGACCCUGAACAACUCCAUGCCUAUUCUCAGAAGACUUGGAUAAUUCAGGUUUAAAUUUCAAUAACUGUCUCCCUGUAACCCCACCCUGUACAUCAACUCCCCAUUCGUGCCCCACCCGCUCCCUGUAUAUCAACCUCCCACCACACCUUUCCGCCUCCCUGUACAUCAACUCCUCACCACCUCCCUCCUCUUCCUUUCGCCACUUUCCCAGUGAGCUGUGAUCUUCAGGUUUUUACACGGGUUCUCUCCUGACCUUGUGCUCUCUGUUUUACACCUGAUUUUUAACCUGAAAUUUGAAUAUUUUGCGUGCAGCAAUUUUGUACAAAAAAGGAAAAUUAAAAAUUACAUUUGUAAACACAGUUAUCCAAUACUCACCACUCAGAACACACUCUAAACACAGAGCAAGAGGACAGUGUGUGAAGCAAGUUUGAAUGUGCACCGAUCCUAGAAAUUUGGCACAUGACGCAGGCAUCCUUUUUGUCCUCUACUUGCCUGCCUGCACCUGCCUUCGCUUGUCUAGACUUCAGCCGUCUGCCUUGCCCUGUGCUGUCUCUGUCCAUCUUUUUCUGUUGCUCUCUCUAGCUCUAUGUGUGCCUCUUUCAUCCUCUUUUUGUCUCUCUACCUCACCUUCUGCCCCUGCUUCCUUGCCUUGCCCUCUAACCCUGCCUCCCUGGCUCACCAUCUGCCCCGCCUCCCUGCCCUGCCUCACCCGCUGCCGCUUCCUCGCUUCCUCAGUGAAUGGAGCCACAAUAACAGGCAAGGCCACCACUGUACGUUUGCCGAAUCUGUUUUGAGAAAUGAUUGCGAUUGGUCUGUGUUGACACUACGAACACUUAAGGAAAAUCAAAAAAAAAAGUCUACAGAAAUCUAUUUUUGUAUAAAUGAAACUUUAUCCCUUUUGUUAGAUUGAACUUCACUGAUAAUUGUAAACAUUCUCUGUCAAUGUUAAUACUUUAACAGUUUGUAGGAUGAAAGCAAGUGUUCCUGGGACCAUUUGGGACUUUUGGAGCUGAAUUUCCCCCUGUGUUUUUGACAGGUUAGCUUAUAUUAACUUUAGAUCAGUAACAGCUGAAUAUUUGUUGUGUUCCAAAUAUUGUCUGAAUGCCAAUUCUGAGGAUUCUAUCUUCAAAUCGCGUUCUCUCGAGUAGCUGUCUGAUAUUCUGUUCAUUUUCCAAGGACUCUCAGCUUUCAGAAGCCAACCUUUGGUUACUGAGAGAGGAGACUCUGGGAUUUUUCAGAUAGGCCCUUGGAGGUUUCAGUGUUGGAGGUGCAGGUUUAGUCCUGAUCUGAUUCACACAUGAGCCGAUUAUGGGCGGUGUCUCUUGGACCUUCACAGGGGGGAUCAAGGCACCCUGUGUUUGGAACCCUUUCAGUUUGAAUUUGUUACUCAGUGCUGAGUGUAAUAAAAUAUACCAUGUACCCUC